AUCGGCGCUCCGAAACGGUGGUUAUCGGAGUCCCUUAUUUAUCCGGUCGGGAAAAGUCGGCUUCUGAUCAGUGAAUUCAUCGGUAGACCAACAUUUUGUGGAGGUGAUAAAAACGCGGAUAUAUAUUCGGCGGAAGAGAGUGAGAGAGAAGUGUUAUGGCAUCGGUUGGUGGUGGAGAGGAAGCGGCGACGGUGUCGCCGAAGAGUCGCGUGAAGUUCUUGUGUAGCCAUGGUGGGAAGAUAUUGCCAAGGCCCAGCGAUGGCCAGCUCAAGUAUGUUGGCGGCGAGACACGUGUCGUCGCCUUUCCUCGCGACAUUGGUUUCUCAGAGCUAAUGAAGAAGCUUGCUGCUAUAGCUGAAACUGACGUAGUACUCAAGUACCAAUUGAUACCAGAAGACUUGGAUGUCUUAGUUUCUGUAACAUGCGAUGAGGACCUCAACCACAUGCUCCACGAAUAUGAUCGCCAUGAGACACAAUUAUCCGAAGGUGGUAGUACCCCAAGGCUUCGAACGUUCUUGUUCUCCUCCCACCCGCCUAUACCAAUCGAAAACCAAAUGAACAAUAUGGCGAGCAAUUCACUCGAGCAACGUUACAUUGAUGCAAUCAACUUAGUACGUAGCCCUAAUUUUAACAUAAGAAGUAGCUCUACCGGCAUUAACCGUCCGACGAUCUCGUCGGCCGGAACAUCCCCAAGAUCAAGUAUUCCUGAGGGAUUUAGUGGGCGAAUGAAUGAUAUGCAUAGGGUCAAUAGCUCUCCUAAUCUUAGUAGCCUUCAACAGCAAAACCACCAUGGUCACCAAAUGCAACAGCAACAUGCACAUUCUUAUUACCCUCCAUCAAGGCUACAUUUCUCGUAUUCAAAUGGGUGUGGACAUGGAAGGGUUGGGACAACCCCUGUCUCAAUGGGUCGAAGUGAUUUUGGAAGGAAACAAAUGAGUCAUGUUCAGACUCCUCGAUAUUUCUCACCAACUAGACGACUUUCAGGAAGUUGGGGAAGCAGUUAUGGACCUGUUGAUGAAGGAGGCAGCAUUCACAAGAGUGGAGAGUUUGAGAAGGGGGAGACUCACCUUCAACACUCUUCUAUGAAACAAAUAUGGGAGUAA